GUUUCGUCCUCAGCCACCCUGACCACAGCUAUGUCUCCUCCCACCACCACCCUCGCACUCGGAGAGGGGGCGAACGCGUCCAAGUUCACUCUGGACGGCGACACCCUCCGCGUUGAACGCGCCGCGGACAACAAAUGGCCCCAGGUUCAGGUCCCCCUCCGGGAUGUGCUCUGGGCCGCCGUUGACAACGGCGUAUUUGAGCUCUCUGCGCUCGCGAAGCGGAAGCCCAAGGGAAUGUACAUCCUCCUGAACAUGUCCGGCCCUGUCACCGAUGCCGACCUACCCUCCGCCACCGCCUUUGCCGACGCCCUCAUGGCGGCAGCCUACCCCGCCCUACAAAGACAGAGACGGCUCAAGGUCUUCGUCAACCCGAAGAGCGGUCCCGGCAAGGCGGUUGGGUUGUACAGGAAAAAGAUCGAGCCUAUUUUCCGCGCAGCGCGGUGCGACGUCGACCUUACAUUUACCUCCUAUGGCAAACAGGCGCAGGAAAUGGUGGAGAAGCUCCCGCUCGACCGAUACGACGCCAUUGUGAUCAUGUCUGGGGAUGGCCUCAUUCAUGAGGUCUUCAACGGCUUCCUCGCCCACGCCGAGCCUUCCAGGGCAUUCCGUACACCAGUCACGCCCAUACCGAGCGGCUCGGGCAACGCCCUCGCAAUCAACCUUCUCGGACUCGACGAUGCGAAGGAUAUCUCCGCAGCUGCGCUGAACGCAAUCAAGGGCCGGCCGAUGUCCACCGACCUCCUGUCGCUCACCCAAGGCGGCAAGGAGUACAUGUCCUUCAUGUCCCAGUCUCUGGGACUCAUCGCGGAUCUCGACCUCGGCACCGAGCACCUCCGCUUCAUGGGCGGCCAGCGUUUCCUCGUGGGCUUCAUUUACGGACUCAUCCGCCACAGGUCCUGCCCCGUCAAGGUGUCCAUCAAGGUCGCGCACGCCGACAAGCGCAAGAUGGUGCAGGACAUGAAGGCCGCGCACGAGCAGGCGCAGGCGACGUACGCCGCGCUCGCCCAGGGCCCCGCGUCCGAAGACGGCGCAGCGGCGUUCGGGGCGCCCCCGGACCCGAAGCUCGCGGACGCGAGCGACGAGGAGGAGGAUCCCGAGUGGGUGACGUUCGACCGCCCGCUCGUGUACCUGUUCGCGGGCAAGGGCCCGUACGUGUCGAGCGACGUGCUGCAAUUCCCGGUUUCUCUCCCCACGGACGGGCUCAUCGACGUCACUGUGCAAGAACGGACGACACGCACGGCGAUGUUCAAGGCAAUCGACGGCUCGCAGCGCGGCGACCAUUAUUGGAUGGAUACUCAACACUACUACAAGGCGUACGCGUACCGCGUCGAGCCAGCCGACUCCAAAGGCUGGCUGUCCGUGGACGGCGAGGCGUUCCCGCUCGAGCCGUACGAGGUCGAGGUGCGUCCCGGGCUCGGGACGCUGCUCAGCAUGUACGGCUGCUACCAGCUCGACUUCGACCUGCCGAAGAAGGGGAAGCAGCCUGCUCCGCGGCCACAGGCCGCACCAUAGAGCUUAGGCAGGCACGGCCUAUAUACCCCCCAUUCUGUAUCUUGCAUGUAUGUAUCCUUGUGUAUGUCCCAGUGCUCUGGAACUUUGGAAGCUAUAGUUACGCCCCAAUCACGAUCUUUGUUUC